AUGUCGUCGGAAACGAACCGGCCAAAUGACAGCGUGAAAAUGGACGCAACGUUGCCGCCCAUGGCAAGCAGGAACGACCGCAUCGCCUGCUACGUGUUUUUCCAAUGCACGGCCACUUGGGUGCAAAACAGCUCGUACGACGGGAUGUUGAUGGAGCAAUCGUAUUGCUCGCAACGCGCCAUUGGUCGUCGCAUACGGCAGUCCAUGAUCAACACGCCGUCGCGAGAAUUUUUGCCUCAAGCCGAUCCACUCGACGUGGACAUUGCGGGGUUCUACGUCAACAGCUUUGACGCGGAGCGGACAAUGCAGUCGUUUGCUGCCAACGGCUACAAGCUCCCACACCUCAACUAG